CCGCGCUCCGAGCCCGCCGGCCGCGCACUCGCUGCCCGCGCUCCUGAGUGGCGGCCGGCCCGAGGAGGCCGCCGCGGGCCGCGCCUCAGCAUGAACCGCGGCCACCGGCACGGGGCGGGCAGCGGCUGCCUGGGCACCAUGGAGGUGAAGAGCAAGUUUGGAGCUGAGUUUCGUCGGUUUUCACUGGAAAGAUCAAAACCUGGAAAAUUUGAGGAGUUUUAUGGCCUCCUGCAGCAUGUUCAUAAGAUACCCAAUGUGGAAGUGCUGGUGGGCUACGCCGACAUCCACGGGGACUUACUGCCCAUCAAUAAUGACGACAACUAUCACAAGGCCGUGUCCACAGCCAACCCGCUGCUUAGGAUCUUCAUACAAAAGAAAGAAGAAGCAGACUACAGUGCCUUCGGUACUGACACGCUGAUAAAGAAGAAGAACGUUUUGACCAAUGUGUUACGUCCUGACAACCACAGAAAAAAGCCACACAUAGUCAUCAGUAUGCCCCAGGACUUCAGGCCUGUGUCUUCCAUCAUAGACGUGGACAUUCUCCCGGAAACACACCGUCGGGUUCGUCUGUACAAAUACGGCACCGAGAAGCCCCUGGGGUUCUACAUCCGGGACGGCUCAAGUGUCCGAGUCACGCCACACGGGCUGGAGAAGGUCCCUGGGAUCUUCAUCUCCAGGCUUGUCCCAGGGGGUCUGGCUCAAAGCACAGGACUGCUGGCUGUCAAUGACGAGGUCUUAGAGGUCAACGGCAUCGAAGUCUCAGGGAAGAGUCUUGACCAAGUGACUGACAUGAUGAUCGCCAACAGCCGCAACCUCAUCAUCACGGUGAGACCAGCGAACCAGAGGAACAAUGUUGUCAGGAAUAGUCGGACUUCCGGCAGCUCCGGCCAGUCCACCGAUAACAGCCUUGUGGGCUACCCGCAGCAGAUGGAACCAAGCUUCGAGCCAGAGGACGAGGACAGCGAUGAAGACGACAUCGUCAUUGAGGACAACGGCGUGCCGCAGCAGAUUCCCAAGGCCGUCCCCGAGGCCGAGAGCCUGGAGUCCUUAACACAGAUAGAACUCAGUUUUGAGUCCGGGCAGAACGGUUUUAUUUCUUCCCACGAUGUGAGCUUAGCACCCGUAGCAAGUGGCACAAACACGGAAUUCGAAACCCGAGCUCCAGAUCAAAAACUCUUGGAGGAAGAUGGGACAAUCAUAACCUUGUGAAGCCAUAGCUGAGGUUUUCUGGGGACUGGCUGGGACUGGAGCAUAUACCUGUGAACCAGGCGAGGGGUGGGCAUGGAAGAGGGCUGCGGCCUUGACCUGGGGUUAAAGUGGGCAGUGCUGCUGAGAUAAACCCGGGACUCUGAGCUGGAUUUAAGUCUAAAACAAGGGGCCUUGGCUUGUGAAAUCACGUGCUGUUGUGUUUUUCUCUGGAGAACUGGACGUUGGCGCUCAUUCCCAGACCUGCGUGCGGCGCUGGGUCAUUUCUGCUUGAAGUGGCUGCAUGUUUAACCUGCUGUGCAGAGCCCCGUCGGUUUUCCCUGUAUGUUCUUAAAUUUGAUGUGAGGAGGGCUGGUGGCCUCCUUUGUACACUGGGGACCUCAGUCCUUCUGUUCCCGGUAUUAUGUUUUGAUUUUUUUCCAGUGUUGUUCCUCUGUUGUUCAUUUUAACCACUUGUUUUCUCAAAUGUAUCUUUACCCCGGUUCCUGAGAAGCCGGUCGCCAUUUCGAGGAGUUGCUUCCCAGAUUGCACAGCACAGGAGCUCCGUCCCCGGUCCUGAGGCUGUGACGGCUGCUCACGGUGGCUUCGCCUGGCCGCAGCUUCCUGGGUGCAGACUGGUUCUGUGCGGCAGGACGGAUGCCCUAAAAGUCAGUGCCAUGACUGGCCACCUAGGAGCUGUCCCCCAGCCGGGCCUCUUUCCAGGUCCCACUGGAGUCGCUCCCUUUGAUGGCUCUUCACGUCCUCCCUGGUACGGUCACCCUGGAUUAAAAAGGUCUUCACACACAGGACAAACGUGCACUUUCAUACAAAAACAGUUGGGUUUUCCUUUGGGAUUUCUAGAAAACUGUCUUCACUUUAUGAGCUGUGCUCGUCCACAGCAGGUCGGGCUCGUGGCUAUUUAUUACUUUCCAACCCAUCAACUAGGACAGGUUAGAAGCUGCUGCUUUCAUCCCUGGCUGGUCCCGCUGGGUCGCGUGCAGACGCCGAGCAUGCAGGCCGGGAGCCCCUGGGGCUCGAGGAGUUAUUUAUUGAUCAGCCUUCGUAGGGCUAGUGUGGACACACUUGUGACAAUUGUGUGCUGUUAAAACAAUGAAGAUCCCAAUGACUCCGUGUUGAAGGACGCUCUCAGUUCAUGGUGGAGCAUAUGAAGAAGCCAAGUCCUGAGGAGUGCAACCACUGGACUCAGGACGUCACUGUGCUGUUCACAUCACCACUAGGCAUGUCACCCAGAAACCGCCAGCUGGCCGCACGGUGGCCAUCUGCCCCCUUGGCAGCGGCAUUCCUGCUCUGACAUUCCGAGUCUUAGAAACUGCACUCUUGAGCGGCAAGAGAUCGGUAGACGCAGAAGGUUCCAUUCAUGUUUGACAGAAGGUGGUUGGUGCGAGGGUCCAACAUUAAGUAAGAACACUUUACAUGCUACCUCUCCCCACUCCCUCCCUCUCCCUCCCUCCCCCUCCCCCUGCCUCCCUCCCCUCCCCCUCCCCCUGCCUCCCUCCCCUCCCUCCCUCUCUCCCCCCUCUCCCCCCACUUUUUUUUUUUAAACAAAGUUUUAACAUUAGAACUUUUCUCUUGGGGAAAAAAUACUUCAGGGCUUGACUUUUGUACAAAUUUUAACUGUAAAAUACAGAUUUAUCUUGUAUCUGUUCAUGAAAAUGGAGAUCAAGGCUGCUAAUGCUUUUUAUUUUAACUAUCCCAUUAAGGAGAUAUGUCUGGUGUUUUCAACUCAAUCUCUGUCUUUUAAAUUAUUGGCGGAAUAAUUGAUUACUAGACAUAUUGUAAAACCAAUAGAUUGGUUAUACAAUAAAAUAUCAACUCAUUGGUAGGUAGUCUGAAUCGGUUAUUUCAAGUGCACCUUAUUAACACAAAUAUCAGUGGGUCCAGUGUAAAAUCUUACGGUACUAAAUGUCAAGCCUAACUGUGAAUUCUGUUGUGUAUCUUAAGUAAGUUUAUGAUAACGUUCUCAAGCUGUCAACAAAAUAUAUGUACUUUUGUGAACUAUGAAUUUUCUAAUUAAAUUUUACAUGAUAUAACAUAAUUUUUACAUGAAUAAUACUUUGUUUAAACUAUCAAAUGUCAGUAUUUUACUACAAUUUUAUUAUAAAAUAUACAUUAUCACUAAAUGAACUUUGAUUUUAAAAAAUCAAAUUAGCUUUAGUUGUAUAUUAUUUUUUACAAAUAAAGAUAGACUUGCAAAAAG